UCGUCGUAACAGACGCCAUGAUUUUCUACUGUAGCUGGAGAAGAAAAUGGAGGCUUUCUGCUAGUUAGCGCAAGUUGAAUGGGUAUCUGUAUCUCUUAGCAGGGUUCAGGGCAGCGUUUCAAACCACCCCUUUCGGAUAUAGCACUUGAAAGAUACAAGGUUACAUGACGAGCGGAACGGGCUGAACCUGAUAUAAAACUAGUUAUAUGAGCUGCAGUGGUGCUAGGUAGCAGCUACCCGCGGGUUGCCAACGUUAUCUAGCUAGCUGGAAAAAGCUAGCACGAUAAUAAUAACCGGCUGAUCAUAAAAAUACAUUCGCUGUCACAUACUCAGCGUGAAGACAGAGAUAUCAAUUGGACCAAAGGCUACACCUUGAGGUAUGGCCUGGAUCUGAUUUGGAUGGUGCUGGUGAUGGCAGAGGGCACCUACACUGGCGAAAUGCCCUCCUUUGACCCAAGUCCUAGUUCUGAAGCAAAAAAGAGACCUACUUCUUCUGAUGGCAGAGACGAGCCCAUGAGGAAAAUGCCUGUGACAAAAUUUGGUUCCCGACCUCGAUUUGAGCCUGUACAGUUUGUCAGUGGUGGAAGCAGCGGAGGCAAUGGCGCUGAUGAGAAGGAGAAUGAUAAGGAUCGCAGGAGGAGUGAGUCACACGGUUCCAGAUCGUGGGACUCUGAACACUCAUCAUACAGCGGCAGAGCUCAGGGCUCAUCCUCCCUGAGGCCUGCUUUUGACCGAGUGCCACCACACAGUUCUGACUCUUGGGGUUCCCAAAGAGAUAAAGACAGAGAGAUUUGUUCAGGUAGCACGAGCGAGUUGGGGUAUGGAGGACAUGGGUCCACUUCAAACUUCAUGGCAAAAACACAGAAUGAGUACUCAGCCAAGUACGAAGCCCACUCUUCUCAAACUGCAGAUGCCUAUUCUCAGCCCCACAGAUACAAUGGAUACGGGGGAGGAAGCAGAUCAGCAGGCUGGGAUUCGGGACGUCAGGGUUUGGGCUUCAGUCAUCAGGACCGGCCGUCAUCAAGCAGGCCAUUCAGCCGAGUGUACAACAGCCCGGGCAGGAGCAGUCCUACCACUUCUCAUUCGGGCUCUUCGUCGCAGCCUAUUUCUAUUUCAAUAUCUCAAUCUUGUCUAGAUGAAAAGCAAAGGCUGGUUUCCAAUGUAGCGUUUGCAUUGGCUGUUGCUUUGAAGGAUCCUUUGGUUAUGACUGGAACUGAGUCGCCAAACUAUAAUUUCAUGUUGAGCCGCAGUAUUCAGGCCUGCAAGACUAAUCCUGAGUAUAUUUAUGUCAACCUGAAGGACAUUCCUCAGGCAGACCUACCGAAGAACAGGAAAGUACCAACAGACGGUUACGCCUGUGAACUGAGAUGUCAGGGUGUGUAUCUUGCUACCGGAUACUCUGGAAGUAAAAAUGGAGCAAGGGACCGGGCCUCUGAGGCGGCUGUAAAACUCUUCCUGAAAACAGUUGAGGUUCGUGUGGUGCAGCGCAAAUACAGGCACUCAGUAGUCAGUGACAUAGUUGUGUGCCAGAUGCACGCUCCAACCCCAGGGUUUUUACCUGCACUUCGAAACCCAGAGGUUAAACCGACCCCGAGCUCCAAGGGCCAAUACGAGCCUGACAAGCGGAAGCACUGGUCAGAGUUUGUGGUUAUUGACAAUGCUCACGACGCCAUCUGCAUACUCAACAAUUCUGCAGCUUUUAAUCGCAUGAAGGUAGACUAUCAGUUUGACAUGCUCCCUAACAACAUUGCUUGGCAGUGCAGUGUUUUCCUGCAGGGGGAGUUGGUGGCGCAGGCUACAGGUACCAAAAAGAGCUCAAAGCAUUCAGCAGCUGAAGACGCAGUGAGGAAACUUCGCAUGAACCAGGCACAGAGAGAGCAGCAACAACAGCAACAACCACCCCAAUUCUCCAGAGGAAAUAAUCAAUCAGAUUGUGGUGGGCGCUUUGGGACACAGGUUGGCAAAAAGAAGCAUCUCAGCGAGUUGGUCAUCCUGGAAAACUCUGACAAUGCUAUCUGUAUCAUUAAUGACACAGCUCAGUUUAACAAAGUGACCGCUGAUUACAAGUUCACAGCUCUGCCUGAUCAUCGCUGGAGGUGUGAAGUUUACCUCGAGGCACAGUAUGUAGCUGCAGGAAUUGGACCCAAGAAAAUAGUUAAGCACAUUGCAGCAAAGGAGGCCUUGGCCACCUUGAGGCAGACACAGGCUGUGGUCAAAUCCAACCUAAGAAAGGAGGGUCACAACGACGCCAUAUCCCGAUCCCAGAUCCUGGCUCGCUCUGGAGAGGAGGCCACGAGGCAGGAGAUUAAGGAAGACAACAUAGGAAACCAGCUGCUCCGCAAGAUGGGCUGGAAAGGAGGUGGGCUGGGUCGAGACGGGGAGGGCAUCGCAGAACCAAUCAAAGUAAAGGAACAGUUCUCCAGAGAAGGUUUGGGCUUGGACACGGACAAAACAGGAAAUCAACUAAGCAAGCGUGACAUUGAGGGCAUCAUUCGUAAUUAUGCCAGUUCAGACCGACAGGACGAUCUCCGCUUCUCCACUGAUAUCAACAACGAUGAGCGAAAGCAGAUCCACCAGAUAUCUCAGAAAUACGGCCUACGGAGCAAGUCGUAUGGACAGGGAUGGCAGCGGUUCCUUAUCGUCAGUCGCAAAGUGCACAAAGACCAGCUGAUUGGUCAGCUUUUACAGGAGGGACAGGUGGGACGAUAUGAGCUCGUGAAACCUCAGGCCUCUCACUGAUUUGCAUGUUUGGCAAAAUUAAAUAAAAAUCAUCAGACAUCUGAUUGGACUUCAGUACAUAUCACUCUCAAGUGUAACUUCUGUAUACUUGUUUGUGACAAACGUACACGCGUACAUAAAAGAGAGGCCUUCAGGGAUCACUCGUUGUUUCUGCAUCCCUUUGCCAUGAACUGUACUUUAGCUUUAGCAGGAGCUCUAGGAUUGAGAAGAAGUGAUUUUUCUUUUUUUCUCCUGCCAUUCCAGGUAUUUUUGUUUUCACUUUUGCACAACGAGCUCAUGUUCAGUUCUCUGUGGCUUCAUGUUAUGCAGACGUUCUGGAUAUUUUAUGAAGUUAAAAAGGACUUUGAUGUAUUUUUCACCAAAUUCUACUUUUUGCUUCAUGGCAUUUUAAGGAACCUGGCAAAAAGAAUGCAUCAUUUUACUUUUUUAAUAUUGUUGAAUCAUGAUCAACAUCAAACUGUAGCUAAGAAUCAGUCUCACUGUGGUGAUACAUCUCGAUCUCUCUACCAGCAAUGUCAGUCAUUCUACAAAUAUUAACUGCAUCCAUAAUCAGAAAAUCCUCACAUGGAAAUUGUAAGCUGUGAUCUUUGUUCAAUGUCAGAUGUGUUGGUUUAUGUGAGUACAGUCAACCUGUCUGCUUGUUUUCACAGCUGUAAUGACUAAAUAAAUUAAAACUGAUAACAAUAAGAUGGAUAUUUUUGUACUGUGAGUAAAUAAUGCAACAAAAACAA